AUGGCGCGUGGACAUCCGCGUGUCAAGGUUGAAGACCAGGCCGCCUAUCGCGUAGCCCAGAAGCAGCCUACCAGCUACAGCAAGCCGGACCCCCUGCGCUUCAACCGUACCAACACCCAAACGGCCCCGACUCUUCUGAGAUCGCCAAACUGGUUCCGCGGCAAUUACAAUUUUCGGACCAUGGCGAAGAUACGUCAGGUGCUGGUUCUAUUGGGGCUCAGAAUAUUGUGCGCACGUUUGCCAUGGUGGAAGAACAAAUGUUCAUGCUCACAGCAUGCUGGACGCUUCACUGUAUGCCCUGCCGAAUCAUCUUCGAUAGCGCCAACGAACAAAGCGGCGCAUAACUCCAAAUGGUAUUGGGAUGAAUUCCUAUGUUUCGCGUGCGACAUAGGAUUCGAAACUGCCCCAGAUCUCAAGAGGAUGAUGUAUCAUCUUGAGGGAAACCGAUGCAAGUCACGCUUCAAUUCCGCGUUCUCCGCUAGAACACUAUCCAAUCACUGCCAUACAAAUGAUCGGACCGGCCUGAACAUGACAUGUCCGGGGUGCGAGGUCGAAUUCGAGACUCUGUCCCUUCUGUUCCGCCACAUGGAAUCGAGACUCUGCGCCCUGAGGAACUGGCAACAAGCAACGGGCCUGAUGCAUCUCCUCUUCAACUUGACGCAAGAAAUCGAUGUGGCCAACAGGACUUGCAAUAUAUGCAAAAGACUGUUUGACUCUGAAGCCGGACUUUUUGAUCACGUGCGGUAUCAACAUGAGAACACCAUCUGCCGAACGUGUGACAGGGUUUUUCGCGACUCGGAAGAACGGCAUAAACAUAUCAUCUCACGCACGCCGAUCAAAGUUCGGGCUUCCGUCUGCGCCAUGUCCCAGCCUUCUGUUGCUUUUGACAUGGAAAAGCACUACAACGAGCAUAUGUGA